AUGCUUGUGCUUGAUCUAGCAGGAAUCAUCUUACUCGCUGCUUCAUCGGACAGCAGACCAGUUUCAAAUAAUUAUAAGGAGCGUAACGAGAAUUUAACGCUACUCAUUAAUUACCUGAAGAAUUUCGGCUACAUCAGUAUGGCAAUUGAAGAGAUGCCUAACUUGUUAAGUGAAGAAACGCUGAUAAAUGGAAUAAAAAUGGCUCAAAAAUUCGGUGGCAUUGAAGAGAAUGGAGACCCAUAUGAUCAUGACUUGCAAAAUCUUAUUCGACAAAAAAGUAUAAAUGAAUAUAUGGACAAAGGCCUGGACCGUGAAACAUCACGCAAGUACUUACUUGCGGCUUUCGAUAUGUGGUCAAAAUCUGGCGACAUCAACUUCUACGAGGCCGAUAGCAAGGAUUCAGUUGAUAUGUUAAUAACGCAUGUUAAUAAACACGAUGCGAUUGAGCUGGCGCACGCCUGGAGACCUGGUCCAGAUAACGGAGGCAACGUUUGUUUCAAUGCUGUAAAAUUCAUUCCUAAAGAUGAUGAACACGCUAAAAAGAUCCAUGGUCAAUACUUCGCCACAGCCGUCCACGAAAUUGGACACGCCCUUGGGAUCGACCACGCAUUAUCUCCGUCAGAAAUCAUGUACUUCGCUGUUUCGGAUAGAAAGGGACCGUCCCAGAGAGCUGAUGCCAUUCAUCUUGAAAACGUACUGGGUCCGUACAUAAACACAAAAUUCCCUACCUAUACAGAAGCGCCAACAGAUCCUAUGUACGCUUUACAGCCGUCUGAUCGGGACCCCCCCAGUGCUUGCGACACUGACAUCGAUGCCGCGUGUGUUGUCAAAAAUAAGACAUACGUUUUUAAGCGGAGAUGGUUCUGGAGGUUCAAUUUUGAAGGGAAGGUAGAAGGUCCUCCGAGAAAAAUAUUUACACUUUUUAAACAAUUUUUACCUUCGGAAACAUACAUUGAUGCUAUGGCGCAUGAUUUUCAUGAGCCUGGUGGAGAUAGGUAUUUCGUGUUUAUCGGAGACCAUCAUUACAUGAUGGAUUUCACUUUUUUUUCGUCUCAACCAAACGAGAGCGUACAUUUGAGCGAAUCUGGAAUACACGUUCCAAAGAUUGAUGCUGCCUUCCAUUUACUAUCAAAGAAAGAAAUAAAAAUCUUUUUAUUCGCAGGUUAA